CGGCUAAUAGGUUGAAUUUUUGGUAGUGGCUCGUGGCCUCUGUGUCCCGUCCCGUCGCUUUCCAUGCUAGGUGUUCCAGGCUGUGGAGGCAGUCGCAGGAGUCCCCUCAAUCCGUGCAGCAGGCAGCUUCCCGGGCCAGGAAUCGGGCGGGAAAAAGAGGAUCUCGGUGGCAGGAGAAAAAACGUGACUCACCUUGUUGGGCCAAAACAACCACCAACCGCAAUUCAUGAAGCGUUUUCUGCCAACCCCCCAUCUCCUCUCACCACUCGCUGGUCCUAUCGCGCUCAACCUCCCCAAGGUCGCGGCCCCUAGGGUCUCCUGGUUUUCUGUUCCGGUCCGCAGAUUUACGGCGUUCGCUCCUUCUGCCCCGCGCACAUACGCUUACGCCAAGUUUCCGACCAAGAAAAAGUACAAGAUGACCACGACGGCCACCACCCUCAAGGGCGAGCCCCUCGACAAGGCGGCGCUCGAGUCCAUGCUGCGCCGGCGCAUGUUCUACACUCCCUCGUUUGAGGUCUACGGCGGCGUUUCCGGCCUCUACGACUACGGCCCGCCGGGCUGCGCGCUGCAGGCCAACAUCAUCGACCUCUGGCGCAAGCACUUCAUCCUCGAGGAGGACAUGCUCGAGGUCGACUGCACCGUGCUAACCCCCCACGACGUCCUCAAGACCAGCGGCCACGUCGACAAGUUCGCGGAUUGGAUGUGCAAGGAUCCCAAGAACGGCGAGAUCCUCCGCGCCGACCACUUCGUGGAGGACGUCCUGGAGGCGCGGCUAAAGGCCGACAAGGAGGCCCGCGGCCAGAAGGUGGAGGAGAAGGAGGAGGACCCCAAGAAGAAAAAGAAGAAGUCCAAGGGCCUCGAAGCUGUCAAGCUGGACGACGCCGUUGUCAAGGAGUACGAGGAGGUGCUGGCGCAGAUCGACAACUACAAUGGCGAGCAGCUCGGUGAGCUGAUCAAGAAGUACGACCUGAGGAACCCCGCCACCGGCGAGCAGCCCAGCCCCCCGGUCGCCUUCAACCUGAUGUUCCAGACGUCAAUCGGCCCCAGCAGCAAUCUCCCCGGCUACCUCCGGCCCGAGACUGCGCAAGGCCAGUUCCUGAACUUCGCCAAGCUGCUCGAGUUUAACACGGGCCAGAUGCCCUUCGCGUCUGCCUCGAUCGGCAAGUCUUACCGGAACGAAAUCUCGCCCAGGGCCGGUCUUCUCCGCGUCCGCGAGUUCUUGAUGGCCGAGAUCGAGCACUUUGUCGAUCCCGAGGGCCACAAGAAGCACCACCGAUUCCACGAGGUGGAGGAUAUCGAGCUCGAGCUUCUCGACCGUCACACGCAGCUGUCGGGCCAGACCAAGACCAAGAGGGUAUCAAUCGGGCAAGCUGUCCGGGACGGCACGGUCGACAACGAGACUCUGGGCUACUUUCUGGCCCGCAUCCACCUCUUCCUGAAGAAGAUCGGCAUUGACCAGACCAAGAUCCGGUUCCGGCAGCACAUGGCCAACGAGAUGGCCCACUACGCCUGCGACUGCUGGGAUGCCGAGCUUCUCACGUCCUAUGGCUGGGUGGAGUGCGUUGGCUGUGCCGACCGCAGUGCCUACGACCUGUCUGUGCAUGCCAAGAAGACCGGCGCGCCGCUCAUCGUGCGGCAGCGCCUGGACGAGCCCAAGACGAUCGAGGAGUGGGAGGUCGAGAUCGACAAGAAGAAGUUCGGCCCCUUCUUCAAGAAGGAUGGCAAGACCAUCGAGGCCGCGAUCCUGGCGACCACGCAGGAAGAGCGCGGCCAGCUUGCCAAGGAGAUGGAGGCAAACGGCAAGGUGAUCAUCAAUGUACCUGGCGUGGGCGAUGGCAAGGUUGAGGUCAGCAAGGACCUGCUGGCCAUCAAGUGGCAGAAGCGAGUUGAGUACAUCCGCGAGUACACGCCCAACGUCAUUGAGCCGUCGUUCGGCAUCGGCCGGAUACUGUACGCAUUGAUUGAGCACAACUACUGGACAAGAGCAAGCGAGGGUGGUGACGAGGCCCGUGGCGUGCUGUCCUUCCCUCCGGCUGUCGCGCCGACGAAGGUGCUGAUCGUGCCCCUGUCGUCCAACAAGGACUUUACGCCGGUGGUGCGCAAGCUUUCGCAGAUGCUGCGGUCCGCCGGCGUCUCCAGCCGCGUGGAUGACUCAUCGGCCAGCAUUGGCAAACGGUACAGCCGAAACGACGAACUGGGCACCCCGUUCGGCGUCACCGUCGACUUCCAGACGCUCAAGGAUGGCACGGUCACGCUCAGAGAGCGCGACAGCACGCGGCAGGUCCGCGCCGAGGAGGACAAGAUCAUUGAGGCCAUCCGGGCGCUCGUCGAGGGCACCAAGACAUGGCAGGAUAUCGAGUCGGAGCUGCCUCUGUUUGAGGGCCAGGAGGUGGAUAUUACUGUCCGUUAAGCGGACGGCAGGAUUAAAAGGUGAUAUAUUUCGG